AUGAACGAUCUGCUACUGGCGCGGGUCGCCAAUCUAGGCGGCUCAACAUCUGUAUCCUGCGGUGCAGCUGCGGCCGUCGGCCUGCUUUCGCAUUGGCUUUACUUUAUUCGAGGACCAAGGGUUCUGGCGAGUACCAGAAUCCUCAUUUUUUACCUUGUAGCCUUAGCUUCGUUGUUUACCAAGGCCGUUUCGAACCAGGGUCUUUACGAUGGCCUACUAACCUAUGUGACGAUAUCCGGGUCGUACUUCAUCGCCCUCUUCACCAGUAUGGAGAUCUACCGCCUCUGUUUCCAUCCACUUCGACGGUUCCCCGGGCCAAUACAAGCAAAUAUAGCCAAUGGAUACAUAGCGUGGUUGAACAGGAACUGGAAGAUACAUGACCGCUACGUGGAGAUGCAUGAAAAGUAUGGUGAUUUUGUCCGCGUCGGACCAAACGCCAUCUCAGUAGUAAAUUUGGACGCCUUCAACAAGAUUCACGGUCCGCAGGCGAAGAGCUCAAAGCGAGGAUCUGGGUUUUACGAUAGCCUUGUUUCGUUCGGCGAGAGAAAUCUCGACGUCAUCUUGGACAACGACGAGCACCGUGAUAGACGCAAGAUCUGGGAUCUCGCUUUAGGCACCAAAGCUCUAGAAAAGUACGAAGUGGAAACUCGAGCCGUUCUGCGAACAUGGCUGGGCCGCCUCGAAGAAGUCAACGGCAAGCCUAUCGAUACCUCACACUACGCGAAGCUCAUUCCAUUCGACAAUAUGGGCCGCAUAGCUUUCAGCCGCGAUUUUGGAUCUGUCCAGGAAGGACGGGCGGGUCGUAUACUUGACAUCAUCGGAGCAGCAUUCAAGUUGAAUUCUCGCAUGGGACAGACUCCAUGGCCGUACGUUAUACUAAGCAGCCUGCCGCGUGUCGGAAAGUUGAAGGAGUUUGAAACUCUGGGAGUACGUCUCGUGGACGAGAGAGUUGCUAAAGAUUCGGAAGAGACUCACGACAUGAUGAAAUACUUUCUCAACGACCUCAGGUCAGAGAAACCCAAGUCGUUCUACAAUAUGAACAUAAUAUACUCCGACUCAUAUGCAAUCCUUAUCGGAGCAACCGAUACCAUAUCCUGCGUUUUGGGUUAUUCCUUUUACUUCAUGGCAAAAGACGCCAAACUGCGGCAGCGCCUUCACAAUGAGAUUGCCUCAGCCCGCGGCAAGACAAUCCCCGGAGAGUUCGCUGCUUCUGACCUCGCCAAACUCGAGUUUCUAGAGGCUUUCAUCAAAGAGACGAUAAGAAUGCAUACCCCCGCCGCACUCAACGGGGCGCGGGUCUCACCUCCCGAGGGAGUGGUGGUAGAUGGGACAUACAUCCCCGGGGGUGUAACACUCAUAACUCCAUUGCACCUGUACCACCGAAGCGAGAAGUACUGGAAGCAACCGCACGAGUUCAUCCCUGAGCGCUGGACCACGCGGCCUGACCUGAUACUCGACCAGAGGGCAUAUGUCCCAUUCAAUUAUGGCCGCUUUGACUGCGUGGGCAGACGACUGGCGUACAACGUCAUCAGACAAACCAUUGCUUACACUCUUUGGAACUAUGAUUUCACGUUCGCACCCGGCGAGGAUGGAACUAGACUUGAAAGGGAGGCGAAAUUUCAUCUCAUUAUAAAACCCGGAAGAUUGGACUGCGUCUUUACCAAACGGCCAGAAGCCGAAGCUUGA